AUGACGGAUUCAGCGGAUGGCGACUUUACCAUCUUGUCGCUACCGGAGAGAUUAAAUCACAAGCUAUGGAAAGCUCGUAUGCAUGGAUAUCAGGAGUUGAAUGGCAUCUUCCAAAAAGCAUCUGUAAGGUCGGCGCCUCGUGAAGUCUCGCAAUACUGGACCAAUCCAGAUCUAUUUGCCUCGUACAUUGUGGACUCCAACGUUGUAGCGCAAGAGCAGGCAAUAGCUGCACUUCUGAGUCUCUUGGACUACCUGUGCCAGCUGGCGGAGACCCCCAGAUCAGAUAUGAUGCGCUCUUGUUGGCUACCCUUGCUUGCCGAAAAAGGUCUUGCGUCUUCAAGAGCGGCUACGAAACAAAAAUCUCAGGAAUGUGUGCUGAUCUUGGUGUCCUUAGACGAUUCAGUUGCGCCAGCCAUCGAACUCCUAGAACCCUUACUAAAGAAUAAACUACCGCGCCUUGUUGCGAGCUGUGUAGAAUGCAUGGCACAGAUAAUUGAUUCUUUCGGGUUACAACAGAUUCCUAAUAUAGCCGCUUUUCUCCCUGUCCUUCUAGAGCCGCUCCCUCGGCUUUCAAGCCAUGCCGACAAAAACGUCAGAUCUCAAACCAUGAAUCUCAUACUGCAAUUGUACAAAUGGCUAGGUCGCGAUGUAUUGCAGGAACUUCUUCUCGAAAAACUAAAGCCAAUACAACAACGCGACCUAGAUAAAACGUUUCAAAGUUACGAAGGUGAGAUUCCACCUUCGUCACAAGCAAGACUGUUUCAAUGGCAAAAACAAAUCGCUCUAGAGGAAGCUAAUGCACAAGAAAAAGAUAAAGAUGGCGAUACGCUUAUGGCCGGAGCUUUUCAAGAAAACAAGUCCCAAGCCAGUAGUAACAAUGCUUCACGCGGUUUGUCGGCCCCACAAAUUGAUCCUUUCGACUUAGUACCCAGUACGGCAGUUCUGGAGAAAUUUCCAAACGACUUUCAAGAGAGAAUUACGUCGGCAAAAUGGAAGGACCGCGUGGAAGUCCUUGACGAAGUGCUCAAUCAAAUUUUGGUUCCUGCGAAAAAGCUAGAAGUAACGAACCAAGACUACAGCGAUUUCCUAAGAGCUUUGGCGCAUGUGAUAGAAAAAGAUGCGAACGUUCAAGCUGUUACUAUGGCAGCACAAUGUAUUCACCAGCUAUGCACCAAGUUGAAGUCUAACUUUGAUAGAACUUAUGGCUCAUUAGUAUUGACCUCGCUGCUGGAGAGAUCUAAGGAAAAAAAACAAUCAGUUAAUGAAGCUAUAUGUGAAGCACUCAAUGACAUCUCAAACUGUUGUGGGACUGACACAUGUCUUGAAGAGACACUGCGGUUCAUGAACCAUAAAAUUCCACAAGUUCGGAUGGAGAGCACUAAGUUUUUAACACGUCUUCUUAAAAUAUGGAAACCUCAAGCUCGCAACUUAAACGAUGAGCUACUAAUAAAAUUAGUUCCCGACAUUUCUCAAGCAUCGCUCAAGAUUGUGAACGAUACACAACCCGCAAUACGUGACACUGGAUUUGAAUGCCUAGCGGUAUUAAUGAAAUUAGUGGGUGAAAGAGAAGUUUCAGAUGUUGUCGAUAAACUUGAUAACAUCAAAAAGAAAAAGGUCUACGAGCAAUUUGCCACAGUGGAAGUGAUAGGAGGAUUACAGCAGCAGCGACCACAAGCGCCAAGUGCUUCAAUUAGAGACAAGAUAUCGCCCGCGUCAUACGCACCAGAGACUAAUCGUGGCAAGGCCUCAAUUAACCUGAAUUCACCACUAUCAAACAACAGCUCACCUUCUCUUCGCAAGCCACUUUCUACGCUACCGUCAAAGAGGGGCCCUUCUUCACCUCUUAAAACUGGAAAUAGGGUUGAACCCUACCAAAAUGGGUUACCUUCAAUGAAAUCAAGGCUUACAACACGCGCGCUGACAACUGAUUCGGCGAUGAACUCCAAUAAAGCUCAAGCUUUUAAUGCAGAAGUAGAAGAACUUCGCAAGCAAAAACAAAAAUGGCUUAAAGAGCGUCAAGAAUUCUUGACCACCAUUACCGAAUUUCAAAACCGGUCUUCGCAAUUAAACUCUGAAAAUUCAUCUCUUCAGCACCAACUGAACAGCUCGCAGUCAAGCCUGCAUGAGCGGAACAUUGAGCUGCGAUCGAAAGAAAUGCAAAUAACACGACUUCAAGAUCGCGUGUCUAUUUUAGAAUCUGAGCUAGAGGCCAAGACGAACUUAGCUUCCUCAAACUACGGAGUCAGAUCUGUAUCCUCCUUCGAACCGCCUUCUGCACCGCUAUCCCAAGCACCACCAGGAACACCGCCUGCGAGAAGAAUAAUUUCUUCCUCUUCCAAUGGACAGAGCUCUCCUUCGGUUGAGAUUAAUCGUGAGAGGCGUUCAAACAGUCGGGUAUCGAGCCUUGAAGGCAGAGUAAGAUCACCAAGCGAGUGUAGCGAUGAUUUGCCUCUUCGAGUCAACUCUUUGCAACUGAGAUCAGAGGCAAAGUCAGCGGAAAGAACUACAGAACCAUCAUCUGACAGGUUCUCAAGUUCAAAUAAUAAUUUUUUGAACGACGAAAGCUGGAAGCGAGCCGCAGAGGUAACGUCUCAGCUCAAGGCACGCAUUGAACGAAUGCGUGCCAAGACACGGGGCAUGGGAAACCCAUAA